AGCGGCCGCAGCUCGAGUCGCAAGUCACCUCACGAGUCCGGAUUCGCACCUCCACCUUCCCGCACGCGCGCACGAAAGCAAAGCACCUCUCGAACGCGCUCCCCCACUCGCCCCCUCCUUCUCCCUCCCCACCGCGCGCCCUUCCAGAAGCUUCGGGAAGCCAAGCCGAGCCGAACCGAGCCAAUCCAUGGCCGCCGCCAACACCGCCGCCGCCGGCGCGGCCACCGCGACCCCCGCCCCCGCCGCCCCGGCCGCGCCCGUGCAGGUGCCGCGCGGGCAGGUGGAUCUGGUCGACUUCAUCGACUGGACAGGCGUCGAGUGCCUCAACCAGGACUCGUCCCACAGCAUCGUCAACGCGCUCAAGCAGACUUUCAGGGACGACGAGGGGCUGCACCUUGCCAGCGAUUCGGACGAGCAGCUGCUGAUCUACAUCCCCUUCAUGCAGGUGGUCAAACUGCAUUCCGCGCUCUUCAAAGGCCCCGAGGAAGAUGGCCCAAAAACGGUAAAACUCUUCUCCAACAAAGAGCAUAUGGGUUUCAGCAAUGUAAAUGACUAUCCACCAAGUGACACUCUUGAUCUCUCCACCGAUCAUUUGGUAGAGAAUAAACCUGCGACGCUAAAAUAUGUCAAGUUCCAAAAUGUUCGCAGCCUGACUAUAUUUAUUGAGGACAAUCAAAGUGGAAGUGAUGUCACAAAAAUUCACAAGAUUGCGCUUUACGGAACAACCGUGGACACAACAAAUAUGAAGGACCUGAAGAAGAUAGAAGAGCACUAAGACUGUUGGAGUGUAUGGCAUAUUAGAAACAGAUAGCUGUUGGAUUCAGCAAUUUCUAGUUGAUCCUGGCCUACCGUUUGGCCUAUUUUUAUACAUGCGGAGUUCAAAGAGUGGGUCUGGUGGUGCCGAAGCUAUUGCCUCUUGGCAUCUUUUAGUCCUGCUAUGUAUGGCUUGGGUGUGACAGUCGGAUGAAACGAUAUUUUUCCCCUCGCAGAAAUCUGAUUUCAUCACGAAUGAACCAAAAUUACUCCAUA